AUGUCCGACGAUAUUACAACGUUGGUGAGUCGAAUUUUUAGCGGUGAACCAGACCACAAGGUUCAGUCAGAGAAGAUCAAAAACAUGCUGAUGGAAGUGUUGUCGAGCGUUGGUUCAAGUGAUGAAGAGUCAAUAAGCGAUCGUGUGAAUCAACUUGCUGCAGCAGUAGUGAAUCAAGAGAGUAUCUCAAUGGUUGUCUCAAGACAGUUCGUAAGCGAUGUUGUCGUGGCCAUGGAACAACUCCCGCACAAUAUCGUUAAAAGAAUGGCCAUUGGACUGUUGGCUACGAUUCACUCUCGUCACAUUUCUUACGAAGAACAGGCAGCUCAACUCCGUUUCAAACUGGCUGAUAUCUACGAAAUGGAAGGUGAAAAUAAACAAGCUGCAAAGACACUUAUGGCAAUUCCGUUGGAAACUGGUCAGAGGAGUUAUCCAGCGGAUCUGAAAAUGCGAACAUACUUGCGAAUUGCGCAGUUGGCACUGGAAUAUGGUGAUGCAGCUGAUGCGGAAGCGUUUGUCAAUCGAGCUUCAAUGCUUCAGAAUGAUGCAAAAAAUGAACAAUUGAAUAUCAUGUAUAAGGCGCAGUAUGCACGUGUUUUGGAUCAUCGACGUAAAUUCAUUGAAGCUGCGCAACGAUAUUAUGAGCUGUCGCUGGUUCCUGUACUGACAAACUCCGAGAAAAUGCAAGCGUUGAUGAAUGCUGUAUCGUGUGCUAUUCUCGCCUCACCGGGUAUUCAACGAUCUCGUAUGUUGACGGCGUUGUUUAAAGAUGAACGCUGUGAACGAUUACCUUCACAUAGUGUACUGCAGAAGAUGCAUCUGGAACGUUUGAUCAAGCAUGAUGAGGUAUCAGAGUUUGAGAAGUCGUUAUCGGCACAUCAACGUGAAGUACACGAUGGUUGUUCAAUUUUGCAACGAGCAGUAAUCGAGCAUAACGUUAUCGCGAUCAGUAAUAUCUUUAUGAAUAUUAGUUUCGACGACUUGGCGCAGUUAUUGGAGAUUAACGUGAAACGGGCUGAGAAGGUGACUUGGCAAAUGAUUGCUGAAAAACGCAUCAACGGCUCAAUUGAUCAACUCGAUCGAGUUGUCCGUUUUAAACGCAAGGACGCGUUAGUGGAGUGGGACGAGCAAAUCGGUGAGUUGUGUCAGCACGUAAAUCACAUAGUGGAUAUGAUUCUGGACGAACAUAAGGAGUGGGCUGAACAACGUAUCGAGUCGAGCCGUUCUGGUACGGGCAUUACUGCCUCAUGA